GAUUCAUCUGAAUAAUUUAAAAAAUAAAAUUAAUGAUUUAUAAGUAGUGGCCGCGCCCCGCAACAUAUUUUUCGCGUGAAAGUUGAGAAAAUUUGUGGAGAGGGUUGCACUUUUGCAUCUCAAAUCGCGGUUUCUAAUCUGCAAAACUGGGACUAGAUUUCCAGAGAUAUUCAUGUGUUUCCCGCUUUCUGAGGAGCGAUUUAGGGUGAGUUGGGGAAGGUGGUCGAUAUAAUUUUCUAGAAUUAUUCCUGGAUUUCAUGUUUCUGAGGAGCGAUUUGGGGUAAAUUGGGGAAGGUGGUCUAUAUAUUUAGAAUUAAGUGAAACUCGCAAUGAGAAAGCAGAUCAUUUUGAGUAAACAAGUAAUGAUGCCUUACAAUCACAUCGUGAGAGAUGUGUUUCUGGUUUUGCUCACCAUGACAGCUAUUGGAAUUGCGCUGUCGGGUAUUCUGCACAAGGCCACUGCAACAUUUAAUCCCUUUUUACCAGCGAUUACUGCCCCUGUUUCUGCCUCUACCCAGCCCUUGGGUGAACUUGGUAAAAUUCCGGCAAAAACUGGAAAUUCUAGCAAAGAAAUCAAAGUAACAGCUCCUGCAUCAGUCACUGUUCAGCCUCUUGAUGAACUGGGUAAAAUUCUGGCAAAAACUGCAAAUGCCAACAGAACUCUAAUUGUAACAGCGUUGAAUUGGGCUUGGGCGGAGCCGAGUACCAUGAUCGAUCUCUUCCUAAAGAGCUUCCUAAUCGGUGAAGGGACAGAGGAACUGCUGCAAAAUCUGCUGAUUGUUGCACUGGAUGCAAAGGCCUACAACCGCUGCCUUGAAAUUCAUCCGCAUUGCUAUAGCUUGAAGACCAGAGGGGUUGAUUUCUCAGGGGAGAAAACUUACAUGAGUGAUGAUUACCUGAAAAUGAUGUGGACGAGGCUUGCCUUCUUGGGAGAUGUUCUGAGACGUGGAUACAAUAUAAUUUUCUCGGACACUGAUAUUGUGUGGCUGCGAAAUCCCAUAGGGAGGUUACAAGCAGAUGCAGACAUCCAGAUUACUUGUGACAAUUAUAAUGGUGAUCCUUUUAGCGUGAAGAAUGAAGCCAAUACGGGCUAUAUGUACAUUCAUUCCAAUGAACUUACUAUCAGCUUUUAUAGACAUUGGUACUUGUCAAGAAGGAUGUUUCCAGAAAUGAAAGAGCAGGAUGUCUUUAACAUUCUCAAAUUUUCAGCUGGAUUUAGACGAAAAGGUAUGAAAUUUGUAUUUCUGGAUACCAAAUACUUUGGAGGCUUCUGUGAGAGGAGCAAUGACUUGAAGGAUGCCUAUACCAUGCAUGCCAACUGCUGUAGAGGCCUCAAGGCUAAACUAGUUGAUCUGAGAUACACACUUGAGGACUGGUCACAUUAUAAAAAUCUCCCUCUGAAUGAAACCGGGACUUCCAUACGGUGGAGACUACCUAAUGCAUGUCGUAAUUCUUGGUUUCUUUAAUUUAUUGUGAUGCUGGGUUUCGACACAUGAUCUGACAAGCAGGUUUUGAAAACUUGAUAACACAGUUUUCGUCCAGAAGCCUCCUUAUUCAUUAUUUUUCUGCUGGAGACUACCAAAGGGCAAGAUAUAAUUGGCAGGAUUUUUUGAUAUGUUUACCAUGACAGGUCCUAUUAUUUUUUACACUGUAUAGAGUCCUCGAAGUGUAUUCAUUAAGAUUCCUAUUCUGGAUUUUGAAGGUUAUCAUUCCAUUGGAAAAUAUUAUGUAUUUAUUCGGUGGUCCCUGUUGGACUAAUUGUUCCAAUUUUGGUAAGUUGAGAAUAUAUUGAAACUGGAGAAGAAUGACAGAGCUCAAGGGAGCAUCAAUCUACGUGACAACAAAACUGAACUUCGGAGGAAGCGUUUCCCAUUAAACUCCUUUCCUUGUCAUCCCCGCUGAUUGUUAUUUAUGGUGCAUCAGGAGUUUGGGAUGAAACUUUUUAGCCUUGUAAUUCUUGAGAAAAUGAUUAAUGGGGUUGUAUGCUACCAAAUUACCAAUUAUAUAGCAUAAUAUGACAUGAAAAUGACUUUUAA